AUGGAAGGGCCUUUCCGCCAGGGUCCCGAAUCGACCGCUUUUCGCAAAGCACCAGACGCCGUUUCAUCGCCUCCUAAGCUUCCAAACUCCAUCUCCAUAUUUCUAAAAUCAGAAAACGCCAACCCGAAUCCUGGCCUAUCAUCAAUUGCAGACGCCAGCCUACGUGUGUCUCCGUCGUCUCCCAUGGACAGAUCACGGCAUUUGUCUCCGCAAUUAAUGUCCGGGGCGAGGAAUUCAGAUCGACGUGGGGAAGGGGAGCAGGCCCACAACGCCGGUCGACGUAGUAAUUUACAAACCGCACGCGAGGCUCUCGGUGAGGUAUUGAAUGUUGAAUCGGGGAAAUCCGACGAUUCUACCUCUGGACAAGCCUCCCAGUCCACACAAUCCAAGUCGGGUCACCGCUCGGCAGAAGAGGAACGCGGAGAGCGUCGCCCGCAACGCGGAAGCCCAGUCAGCUUGCCAGACUCAUUUGGCAAUGGGGAUAACCAGGGCACCGUGAUGAACAGCACAACAGUUGCAAGCCCGGGCCCCAUUGAGGAAGAUAAUCCCUUGGAAGAAAGGUCUCAUCGUAGGGAGGAAGAGUCGAUGCUGGAGGAUAGCAACAAAGCUUUUUCUUAUCCUGUACCCAUGCCAAGUCCAAAUCUCAACGACCCUCGGCGCGGCAUGAGUCUCCCCCAUUCGGGCUUGAACAAAGGAGGCCCGCGCUCCCCGUCUACUAAAAGGCACCGUUGUCCUUAUUGCUCUACAGAGUUUACGCGCCAUCAUAACCUUAAGAGCCAUCUACUCACCCACAGCCAGGAAAAGCCCUACGUUUGCCAAACUUGCCAAUCACGUUUUCGGCGUCUACAUGAUCUCAAACGCCAUACUAAGCUGCAUACCGGUGAGCGCCCUCACACUUGCCCCAAGUGCGGCAGGCGCUUUGCGCGCGGAGACGCUCUAGCACGACAUAACAAAGGCUCAGGGGGCUGUGCGGGACGCAGGACGAGUAUGAGUGGAUUCGGUACUGAAGACGACUAUCCCGAACAGGGUGGCUCUGGCACGAACCAAGAUGAUGCCAUGGAGGGGUUGAUGUAUACGGAACCCGAGCGCAUGGACGAGGAGGACGAGAGACGGUUGAGCAUACCCAGUAUCAGGAAAGAUAAUGUCACCCCUGAGCCACAUGCGCAAACGGCCGCUGGGCGCCAUGUCUCCUUUGGGCCCCAUCAGUCAAGCACAUAUCCUCCGAUAGGCGGCAACCGCUCGCCGGGUGGGUUGUUCCCGCCUGCUCCCAGUCACCCCGGUUCGUCGGCAUCACCCUCUCCAAUAUCACCGUCAUAUCCGCCUGGCAGCGGAUCUUCGUCUUUUAACCCUAGUCAUCAAGGCUCUUCACCGUCAAUAUUUGUACAGACGACGAUGACUGAGAGCCCGAAGCCUCUCUCUCCCAGUGCACUUUCGCCGCACCAACUCAGCCACCCUGAAUCGAAUACACUCCCUCCGCCAUCCCAUCCGCAGCAACAACUUACUCCGGGCCACUCGCCUAACUUAAAACCCCAAUUCCAACAGGGACAGUCACCGUUCAAUCGGAGCCGCCAGGGCUCAGGGGCAUCGCUUGGGGUUCCUUCGCUUACCGGACCAGGGCCAUUGAGCCUUCCUUCGCCCCAACCUAGCACGCCACAUCUUCCACCACCCCACGGUCUAAAUCCUCCCGAUUCUCGAUAUACCCUACACAGUCAAGGCAUGAAUACGCAAGGAUCAAUUUCCAACAUCCAUUCCGUCAAUAAUCGCACCGACUCGCAUCUACAACAGGGCCGUUCUUCGCACACCGUUUCGAGCACAGACAUCAACGCCGACAGUAAUAAUAUUAAUGCUAAUAGCUUUUCGCAACAGCGACAAUCCUCUCUUCCUAGUGUGGGACUUAGUAUUCCGCCUAAUGAUCGAGUAUGGGAUUAUAUACGGUCCCUAGAAUCGCGAAUGAACGGCUUGGAGGCAGAAGUUGGGAGAUUACGAGAACAGCUCGCUGCAAAUGGUGGCGCGGGAGGAAACAUGUCAAAUUCCGGUGCUAACGGCGCGUGA